CUCCAACAUUCACGCUCUCGAUGGAUAUAAUUGACACUGUGAAUUCCAUCUGAAGGAUACAGAGGGAGCAUGAGUAAACGCCGGCGCCAGUUCCAGCAUUACUUCCUACAUAGCGGUACAUACGUGCUAGGAGUGGUGGCGGUGUUGCUGAUGCUGAUCCACGUCGCCCUAACAGUUGACAAAAAAAGCGUACCUGACAGUGCUGGCCUACAUUUCCGGUUUUCAGCCCCCCUGUGUAGCAAGGACACCCCGGCUAUCGUUCACGUGGUUCCCCAGACGACCGAGGCCGUCAACGUAACCCUUAUAUCCCUUGACCCCACAGUCACAUCCGACCGCACACACUACUUGAUAGACGCAGACAUGUCACUGAGUGUGGACCUUCCCUGUCAUGACUUCCAAUGGGGCGUAUACACAUCCAUGGGUUACGAGCUUGUGUCCACGGCGGAGGUGUUCGUGUAUAUCAACUUCCUUCACGACAAUCUCGCUCUUCUGCCCACAGACGUCAGCGGCACGGAGUACGUUGUAACGUCACGUCUGACGUCAAUGUUAAAUGAGACUUUCGUGGUGAUUCACGGUGAUAAAACUACUGUGAAUGUAACGCUUCCUGGCGACUGUGUGUCGUCAACGAUUGAGAUUGACGGUCAGACGAUAGCCGGACAAUCAAAAUUGACAGUUGUUCUUCCUGAUAAUGGUGUUUUGGGGAUUUUAUUUAAUUGUGAUAUUACUGGUGCUCAUAUCAAGUCUGAUCUUCCAACACAAGUGUUUUCUGGAGCCACAAACCGGGCGAGUGUGUCCGGCGGCAUGAUUGAACAGGUGCCCCCACUAUACACGGCCGGCAGGAGGUUCCUGUACUCUGCGCAUGCGUGGAUUAGAUCAAACAUUACUGUGAUAAUUACAGGAGCGGAGAUGAAUGCAGGAAUUACUAUUUCCACCGGUGAUAAUACGAUAAGAACAAACUUAAGUUAUCCUGUCAAAGUCUCUUUCGAUCUAGAACUUAAUGGCUUCAUGUCGGUGGUAAGCACGGCAUCAGUAUUGUGUGCGAUCGUCCACGAACUGUUAGACGCCGAUUCCGGUCGCCACCCAGCCCUGAUCUACUUGACACCCGAAGCCCUCUACCACACUCGUUCGAACUUCAAUCUCCAAAACGAGGCCGCCACAGUCUCAGUCAAUCUUAUCUUGACUCAGGAGACAUUUCCACUCGUGACCUUGAACAAAACUGUGUCAAACCCAUUUGACCAGGUCAUGCUCUUUUAUUGGAAUUAUUUUAUUUCUCAAAAUAUAAAUUUGUUGCCCCCAAAUCAGUUAAAGAUUUCCGAACAAAGUUCAGUGCCUUUUCACGGUAGUGUAUACAGCAGGACGAACGUGUCUGCUUAUAUGUACGCCUUAAGUGCCCGGGUAACGAGAAUAUAUACGGCCUGCUCCCCGCGACCGAACGGCGGUAAUGGUGACGGCCUCGACAACGACUGUGAUAACGUCAUAGACGAGGAGACGCUCAACCACGUUGACGACGACGGCGACGGCCGGGUAGACGAAGACGUGCGCUACUCAGGGCUGGUGGUGAAAGGGGCGGUCCGGGAGACGCCCUGGGAGUACCACGUGCGAAACAGCGAGCCGGAGGAUACCGGUUUUUCCACUUCCGUCAUCAGCAUCGUCAUCUCCAUAUCUGUGGCCAUUACGGCGGUCGUCUGUUUCAUUGGCGGCAUGCUGUUGGCGGAGAAGGUCCGCAGAAGCGCUAGCAGUUCUCGGGUCACGCCGAUUUGCUGACUGAGUUUUAAAUAACUACGAUUAAAAGGCAGCUAAUACUUGGUUGUAUAUUUAGAGUCCGAAAAUAUGCAAAGGAUAAUGAUAAGUUUUAUAAUAAGAAAUCAAAAUAGUAUAGUUAUUUCUUUUUGACGUUCUGAAGUUUAAGCACAGAUGCAUGAUGAAUCCUAUGUUAUUAAAUGCAGUUAGUGAACCGACACAUUGUUGACUGCACGCAAGACCGUCGGUGACUUCAUAUUUCAUACUGAAAUCGCGAUUCCGUAUA